GGAAUAGGAGAUUCUUCAAGUUUGAAGGCUUAUUAGGUGUUGUUGGAAGUCAAUGUAAUGAAAUAGGAAAAUUGUUGCGGUAGAGGGAAAUAAAAGAUAUACUGAUCUUCGAAGAAACUAACUACCACAAUAUUACAUUCAAAUAAUUCUGGGCCUGUUUUCUUUUCCUUCAUUUACGAACGUUAGUAGCUUCUUCUUGCAAGUUAGGAUAAAGCAAGCUAAGUGUCUUUUUGGAAAACAUGUUUGUUUUAAAAAAGGCACUAUAGUCCUGUGCUUUUUGAAAAUGCCUUUAAAGUUCUUACUUCAGCAAUAUCAUUGUUUUGUUUUCGAUCUUGAUCUUACUAGUCUGCUCUGUUUUAUAGGAAGACAAAAUGACUAUAAAGGUAAAGCCAGCAGUUGCCAUGAGGGCAAUCCUUGUUGGAGGAAUUGCUGCAUUUUCAAAAAUCGGUGGGGCUGUUAAAGCUGCAGGAGGUGUAAAAGUAGGCGCAGCAGCCGCUGCUAUGAGUGCUGCAGCAUCUGCUGCCAUCUCAGGAUCCAAACAAGAAGCAAAAACAGCUUCUCAACAGAUACCUAAAUGAUGCUCUCUCUGAAAGAAUGGCGUCGAGCUAGUUAUCCCCAUUUCAGCUUGUGAUCUUUUUCCUUCUAGAUAAUGUACUUUAGGACAAACCCUAAGUUAUAGGUUAGUGGGGUUGCUAAUUGGAUGGUUUCUUUAAUGAUCGAGUAGUUCAUGUAUCGAGUCCUGGCUGCUAGUUCUGUACAAAUGAAUGUAGGAACCUCUUGAAUCGAAGCUUUUGGCAUCACUUUGUUGUAUAGAAUCCUGAGAAUGUAAUUCUGGCUUAUGAAUAAAGAAUAUUUGUGCUAUUUACUGUAGCUUUCAACAGUAAAUAUUUGUGAGAUUUCACUGGGUAUGUUGUUGUUGUUGUUACUGU